AUGCCAAGCCCUCCAACGUACUGGACCAAACCCAUCGUCGGGCAAACGGUAAACUCCAAACCAUCCAUCGAAGAUCCUUCGAACACAUCCACUCGACGCAUCGAGACCGAAGAAGUACCUGUGGUCACCGAUGGCCUCCACCGCCGUCUCAGCAACCGCCAGGUCCAGCUCGUCACGAUCGAGGGCUCCAUAGGCACAGCCGUCUUCGUCAGCAUAGGGGGUGCUCUCCAGCGCUCUGGGCCGGGUAGCCUUCUGCUGGCGUUUGUCAUCUAUACGAUCGUACUUUCGCUUUGCAACAACUGCAUGGCAGAGAUGUCUGUCUACAUGCCUGUCAGCGGCGGCUUCGUCAGACUUGCGGGGAAAUGGGUCAACGACGCGUUCGGUUUCAUGGCUGGCUGGAACUUCUUCUUUUACCAAGUCUUCCUAAUCCCGUUUGAGAUUGUGGCUUUGAAGUUGGUGAUAUCAUACUGGAAUGACAGGAUCCCAGUCUUUGCCAUCUGUUUGGGAUGCAUUUGUCUCUAUGGCCUGAUCAAUAUCUUUGCCGUCGGAGUUUAUGGGGAGGCUGAGUUCUACCUCUCGAGCGGCAAAGUUGUUCUCCUCGCGAUGCUUCUCGCCUUUACCCUAGUCACAAUGGCAGGAGGUAACCCACAGCACGAUGCCUACAAAUUCCGAGCCUGGUUCGCCGGCUACUUCGCCGAGUACAUUAGCACCGGUUCUCUCGGGAAGUUCGAAGGCUUUCUAUCCGCUCUCUGGACCGCAUCCUUCCCCUGCGUCGGACCCGAGUACGUCUCCAUGAUGGCCGCCGAAGCCAAACAUCCCCGUAUCUACGUCAAAACGGCUUUCAAAGCAGUCUACUGGCGCAUCUGGAUUUUCUUUGUCGGAAGUGCCCUGGCAGCUGGUAUUGUUGUCAGUCACACGGAUCCGACUCUCGUCGCGAUAUACACCGGCAAGGGAGGCUCUGCGGGCAGUGCGGCUGCAUCGCCGUAUAUCAUCGCCAUGGGUAACCUCGGCAUCGGCGUCCUGCCACAUGUUGUCACUUUCUUCUUGGCGACCACCAUCUUCUCGGCCGGCAGUGCCUACACUUAUUGUUCGACAAGGACGCUCUAUGGUCCAGCACUCGAGGGGAGGGCACCGCACUUCCUGACAAAGACGACGAAGAAGGGUGCCCCUAUCAAUUGCCUUGGGGUGGUCAUGGUGUUUCCCCUUUUCUCGUUACUGCAGCUUUCAAGUUCUUCGGCAAAAGUCCUCGACUGGUUGAUUUCCCUAACGACCGCGGCGACUUUAAUCGACUACAUUGUCAUUUGCGUCACGUAUAUCUGCUUCCACAGGGCUUGCAAGACUCAAAACUUUGAUUGUUCUCGUCUCCCCUAUAUAGAUCGGUUCCAGCCGUAUAGCGCGUACAUUAGCCUAGUCUGGAUGACAAGUGUCGUCAUAUGCUACUGCUACCGGUCGCUCAACCCGUUUGAUCCAACUUCAUUCUUCAUCCACUACACUAUGGUUCUUCUGGCACCACUUUUGUUCUGCUUCUGGAAAUACUACAAGCACACAAAGACUCUGCGGCCGGACGAGGUCGAUCUCGUUUGGGAUGCCCCUCGGAUAACCUCAUACGAGGAGCUACUAAGUGAAAUUGAACCUCCUGUUGGAUUCUUACGAGACAUAGCCAACCAUUUCUCACUCAAGAGGCUUCUGAACAGACGUGAUGUCGAUGGCAGAGUGUGA